GCGAAAAUGUAAUAAAUAAAAAUAACAAAUAUAAGCUAAAACUUAAACCUAACCCUUCAAUUAUCAUAAACUAAACUUUAUUUGAAUUUAUCAUCAUAUUUGCAGUUUCAAUUUCUAUAUUUUUGCUCAUAGAUAUAUACAUGCUAUUAUUCAUUUUCUGUAUAGAUAAGUGAAAUUACUGCAAAUUAAAUAAACAGGAAAUAUAAAUUAGAAAAAAAUGUUACAACCAAUCAUGCAUAUAUUAAAAAAUAAAAACAUUGUAUUGGCCAGCGGUUCUCCGAGGCGCAAAGAACUUAUAGAAAAUAUUGGAUUGAAGGUCACUCUUUGUCCCUCGACGUUUGAGGAAAAUCUGAAUCCAAAAGACUUCAAGAGUUUCUCUGCAUUCGUUGAAGAAACGGCUCUCCAGAAGGUUCUGGAAGUUGAGCGAAGAUUAACUCGAGAGGGACGGCCACCAGACAUUGUUAUCGGUGCUGAUACUAUGGUGACUCUUGAUGGGAACAUGUUUGGGAAACCUACCAGUGAGGAAGAGGCAUUUCAAAUACUAUCCAGUCUUUCAGGCAGAGGACAUACAGUCUACACUGGAGUUAUUAUCAAAGCCCUCGACAAAGUCGUCCUCUUCACAGAGAGCACAAAUGUUGUCUUCGGGAAUAUUGAUGAAAAUCAAAUAAAGGCAUAUAUUGCUACCGGAGAACCUAUGGAUAAAGCUGGUGGCUACGGUAUCCAAGGAGUUGGAGGCACGCUGGUCGAGAGGAUUGAAGGCGACUACUUUACUGUAGUCGGUCUGCCAUUGUAUAGACUGUGUGCGUCUCUCUAUGAAAUGUUUAAAGAUACUGUCAAUGGUCAACGGUAGUUAGUAGGUGGUAGAAUGUAGUAGAAAUAGAAAAUUAAGUGGCAUAGCUUAAAGCUUAAUAGAUACAAUCGUUCAUAUGGGUUUUAGUUUAGGAGGCAUCUGCCAUAGCUGAUUGUUGCAUAUAAGUCAACAAUCUCCAGAA